AUGGCUUUGCACCUCUCUCCAUCAUAUCCAUCAGCACUAUUCAUCUGCAUACUUGUACGCCCUCCCCCGCCACCUCCACAUAUUCGUGUGAAUGAAAAGGAUGUACUAAUUAGCAAAUCUUCCAUCAACUUUACUGUCAACUGCAGCUGGUUCAGUGACACCAACGGAGCUGUGAAAUACUUCACAGUGGUGGUGAGAGAGGCUGAUGGCAGUGAUGAGCUGAAGCCAGAACAGCAGCACCCUCUCCCUUCCUACCUGGAAUACAGGCAGAACGCCUCCAUUCGUGUGUACCAGACCAAUUACUUUGCCAGCAAAUGUGCUGAAAGUCCUGACAGCAACUCUAAGAGUUUUAAUAUUAAGCUUGGAGCAGAGAUGGACAGCCUAGGUGGAAAAUGCGAUCCCAGUCAGCAAAAAUUCUGUGAUGGACCACUGAAGCCACACACUGCCUACAGAAUCAGCAUUCGGGCUUUUACUCAGCUGUUUGAUGAGGACCUGAAGGAAUUCACAAAGCCACUGUAUUCAGACACAUUUUUCUCUUUGCCUAUCACCACUGAGUCAGGUAAGGCUAACCUUUCCUUCCUCUCACAUGUUCGCCCAGAUACCAGGCUAAACCCAACGGUGGGGGGGAACAUUUAUCUUCAUUUGGAACUUAAUCUUGAUGUGAUCAUGGAUUGAUGUGGAUUAGAGAGAUUGUACCACUUUUGUAGCAGAACAGACUGAAAGAAGAUUAAUCUAGAAAAGAAAGGAGGAAGUACAAGUUUUUUUUGCUAUUAAAAAUGAAUUUUUUAAACUGUAACAAACAUUAAAAUCAAAAGGUUACAUAGAGCAAGAUAUAAGUUGGUACAAAAAGCUUUCAGUUA